AUGCCGACCUACAAGAUCAGGGGAAUCGAUGUUGAUUUCCCGUUCGAGGCUUACGAUUGUCAGCUGGUUUACAUGGAAAAAGUCAUACAGUCUCUCCAAAGCAGAUGCAAUGCACUUUUGGAGAGUCCAACAGGAACCGGGAAAACUCUAUGUCUUCUUUGUGCCACAUUGGCUUGGAGGAAGAGUUUAGGUGGAUUUUCGACUGGUAAGAUUGAAAGGAACAGUCAAAUUGCUGGUGGUAAAUCGGAUACUGUGCUACCAUCAUCAUCCGAGGAUAAUAAUCUUCCUACCAUAGUGUAUACUUCACGCACGCACAGCCAGCUUCGGCAAGUGAUUCAAGAGUUGAAGAGGAGCAGUUACAGAGUUUCAGAGGCUAUUCUUAUCUUUCAAAUGCUGCAAAAAUUUGUUGAAUUCAUAGAUUACGUGAAACACAAUCCCCACCUUGGAGACGAGCCUGUCGACAUAGAGGAUUUGGUUAAUAUUGGAAGAACAUUUGGACCAUGCCCUUACUACAUAUCAAGGGAGCUCCACAAGGUUGUUGAUAUUUUAUUUGCACCUUAUAACUAUCUUAUUGAUCGUGGAAAUCGAAAAUCUCUUACCAUUGAUUGGGACAACAGUAUACUGAUAUUUGACGAAGCUCAUAACCUGGAAAGCUUAUGUGCAGAUGCAGCCUCUUUUGAUUUGUCUUCUGGGCUUCUAACAGCUUGCAUUUCUGAAGCAAAAUCUUGUAUUGACCUUUCUGUGACAAGGAGGGAAGAAUCAAAUGACAAAUCACGGAAUCCAGAUAAUUUUGCUAUUCUCAGAGCACUUCUUUUGAAGCUUGAGAAGAGGAUUGCUGAAGUGCCCAUUGAAUCCAAGGAAUUGGGAUUCACUAAACCUGGACCUUACAUUUAUGAACUUCUAGCUGAUCUUAAUAUUUCUCAUGACACUGCCACUAAGAUCAUUGAUAUAAUCGAGGAAGCUGCUGUUCUCCUUGAAGAAGAUAAGCAGAACAAGGCAAAAAGCACUGGUUGCAGGCUGGAAAGCAUUAGUAAUAUCCUUAAAAUAAUUUUUAGAGAAAAGAACAACUCCCAUGCGAAUUUCUAUAGAGAAGGUGAGGCAAAUACUGCAGAUGUCUUAAAAGGUAAGCCAUCUAGAACGCUCAGUUGGUGGUGUUUUAAUCCCGGAAUUGCCAUGGAAGAGUUCUCUCGAAUGGGUGUUCGGUCUAUUAUUUUGACAUCAGGAACAUUAUCUCCGUUGGAUUCUUUUGCACAAGAGUUGAAAUUAGAUUUUCCCAUGCGGCUGGAAAACCCUCAUGUCAUAUCCUCAAAUCAGAUAUGGGCUGGCGUUGUACCAGCUGGCCCAUCAGGUCGCUCAUUAAACUCAUCGUAUAGAACUCGUGAUUCUCCAGAAUACAAACAGGAGCUUGGCAAUGCUAUUGUACCUGAUGGACUGCUUAGUCAGGCAAAUUCAACAACAAUAUGGGAAAGAAUCUGCAAGCAUAAGAAACCUGUUGUAGAACCUAGACAAUCCUCGCUCUUUCCUCAGGCAAUUGAGGACUAUAUGGCUAAAUUAAAGGACACCUCAACUUCUGGUGCAAUAUUUUUUGCUGUUUGUCGUGGCAAGGUGAGCGAAGGAUUAGAUUUUGCUGAUCGUGCUGGAAGAGCUGUUGUCAUCACUGGUAUGCCUUUUGCCAUGAGGACCGAUCCUAAGGUUCGUUUGAAGCGUGAAUACUUAGAUGAACAAACACACUCACAAAGAGUUGGAUGCAAGGUUCUAAGAGGAGAAGAGUGGUAUAGUCAACAAGCAUCACGGGCUGUAAAUCAGGCUGUUGGACGUGUAAUUCGUCAUCGCUAUGAUUAUGGAGCAAUUAUUUUUUGUGAUGAAAGGUUUGGACAUCCUAAUCACCAGUCCCAAAUAUCACUUUGGAUCCAGCCUCAUAUCAAGUGUCACUCCAAAUUUGGGGAUGUGGUUUUUACAUUGAGUCGUUUUUUCCGAGAUGGAGGAAGCCGUGACUCUGCAAAGCUUAGAUCAAUACAAAGUGAAGACACUGGUAAAGUAUCUUCUAGUUUAUCAAGGACACCAAUGGAUCAGGGUUCCACUGCAAAAUCAUUAUCUUCUUUACUUGAAGCUAAAAGAGGCAAGGGUUCAUGCCAAUCAAAGGACAUUUUUCCUGCCAAUCGCUCUUCUCUCACUCCCUUCAAGGAAAGUCAGGAUUUCAAAUUAAAUUAUUCGAGCACUGUAAUCUAUAAUGAGAAAAAAAUGUUAAUUCCUGGGAGGAAAAAUAUACAACAAAAAGAUGAGAUGAUUGGUUUGACUGGUAAACCUUCGUCGGAUGAAAUUCAAAGCAGAAAGGAGCUGGUGCCAUUUUCUGCAAAGAAGCAAAAAGUGUUUCAUGCAGGGUAUUCAACAGGGCAGAUUGAAAAUACCCUUGAGCAUGCAUCUGUUGCUGAAAGGUCACAAUCAAUUGACCCCUUUUCCCUUUCUAGUUUGGUGAAACUAGAGAAUCCACAGAUUUCUGGUAAUAGAGGCAAGCAAAAUGCUCAAGUUAGCUCAACAUUAUCAGUUAAAGAUCAUGGAGUCACACGUAAGGACACUGAGAUUCUCACUCAAGAAAACAAAGUUGGCCAGUCGACUUCUGUGCCUUGUGGUAAUGAAGAAACAAGAGGAUCAGCAUUUCUCAUUCAGGUCAAAGAGAAACUUAGUGCUGCGGAAUAUAAAGAAUUUGUGGAGUUUAUGAAGGCACUGAAGUCCAAAGCAAUGAAGAUAGGCCACGUUCUACAGUCUAUUGUGAGAUUAUUUUCUGGACCAGAGAGGUUUCCCCUUCUUAAAAGAUUCAAGGAUUUUGUUCCUGCAAAGUACCACUCUUUGUACGAGCAUUAUCUUGAAGGAAAUGAUGACACACUCAAUAAUCAGAGUUUGAAUGCUGCCCAGGGUCAGGAAAACCCUUCCCUUCAACCAGCUUAUCAGAGACAGUGGCGUGCUUUGCAGUGGGGUUUUGACUAG